AUGGCCCUCUUUGGAGAGCUGCAUGUCAAAUCCCAUCUAGAGAAGAGUAGCCCCAAGGUAGACCUCUCCAAAACACUGUCAGAGAAGAGAUGGCACUUCUGGAGCUGGGACAAGUGCCAAGCCAAAGCAAAAGAGCUCCAGCAAAAGUACCUGAUGACAAGGGACAAGAACAGGGCCUCUGUGCCUGUAGAGGUGCUGGCGGGGCUCGACCCUCUCCGGGGCGGAGGGGAGUCACACCGGCUCACUGCUGAGGCCCGGCAGCUCCUCCGGGUGGCGGGCGCGGGGCAGGCCCGGCAGCUCCUCCGGGUGGUUCAGCGUCUGACAUACCGUCGUAGGUUGUCCUACAACACAGCCUCUAACAAGACCAGGCUGUCCCGGACACCAGGUAACAGGAUUGUUUACCUUUAUACCAAGAAAGUUGGCAAGGCACCGAAGUCUGCAUGUGGUGUGUGUCCAGGAAGACUUUGUGGUGUUCGUGCUGUGCGCCCUAAAGUCCUUAUGAGGUUGUCAAAAACAAAGAAGCAUGUUAGCAGAGCCUAUGGCGGUUCCAUGUGUGCUAAAUGUGUCCGUGACAGAAUCAAACGAGCUUUCCUUAUUGAGGAGCAGAAGAUUGUUGUGAAAGUGUUGAAGGCACAAGCACAGAGUCAGAAAUCUAAGUGAAUCUCUUUGUAUUUUCUGCCUAAUAAAUGAAAAUGCAACUUUAAAAACAAACAAAAAAAA